AUAACUGUUACAUACUAUAAAAGAUCCGCAUAAUGUAAAAUAUCAUAAAGUAGGUAAUGAUUUUUUAUUAAGGGAGCAAAGUUUGUCCCUGUUAUGAAUCAUUUACGAACUAAAUUUGAUGUAUAGCUUAUACCAAGGUGUGUUAUAUAAUAUGGCAGAAAAAAUCAAUACACCACAGUCUACUUUCUAGUAUUAGGAGCAGAAGAAGGUGUUAUUUAUUUGGACCUUAAUACACCUAAUUUGCAAUAUUUCUAGAUGGCUGCAUUUUCAUUAAAUAUUCAAAAACGUAUAGAAUCAGGUCUGGUAGCUAGUGGAAAAUUUGAUGGUUCUCAUGCUUGUUUAACAGCUGUAACCUCUGGAGGAAAUAUUUUAGUACACAGUCCUCAUAGGCAACCUCAAAUUAAGAACAAUGAUUCUGAACAACCAGAUGGAAGAUUAUCUUGGAGUGGGGAACUUGCUGAAUUGCAAAUUGAUAGUCAGGUAACAGCAAUAUGCACUGGGCAUCUUGGGGAAGAUGAAAGAGAUAUUCUUUUAAUAGGAACUUCUACACACAUUCUCGCUUAUCACGUAGAAGAUAAUGCUGAUAUUUUUUAUAAAGAGAUGACAGAUGGUGCACUGUAUAUAACGAUAGGUAAACUUGGAUGGUUAUCGGAUCAAGUAGCAGUCAUUGGUGGUAAUAGCUCGAUAACCGUCUUAGAUUCCAAGGGAACGGAAAUUUUUUGGACAGUGAUGGGUGACAUAGUUACUUCCAUUGCAAUAUUUGAUUUUGAAGGUGAUCAAGAGAAUGAGUUGCUUAUUGGGACAAAAGAUUUUGAAAUAAAAUUAUUGAAAGAAGAUGCAAUAGUGUGGGAUACAAAAGAAACGGCAUCGGUAACUGCAUUGGCAGGACUUUCUAACAAACAAUUUGCAUAUGCAGUGGGAAAUGGAACAAUAGGGGUUUAUGAAGCUGGUCAAAGGCUUUGGCGAGUUAAAUCUAAACACAGAGCAGUGUCUAUACGAAAUUUUGAUAUAAAUGGAGAUGGUGUGUUAGAGCUCAUCACUGGAUGGAGUAGCGGGAAAGUUGAUGCAAGAUCGUGUAACACCGGAGAUGUCAUAUUUAAAAUACAAUUGUCUACUGGCGUGGCUGGCAUUGUAGAGGCUGAUUAUAGAAGACAAGGUAGACCAGAUUUGGUUGCCGUAUCUAUUUCUGGAGAAGUGCGUGGAUAUGCUCCUGGAACUGCAAUGGACGCUCCAGAGCCUGGUGAAAUAAUGCGUGAAUUAUUGUCUAAGAAACAAGCGUUACAAAUGGAACUUCGACAAAGAGCUGCAUCGGUUCCAAAUAUGUAUCAUCAUACAAAGCUAGCAGUUAGUUUAAUAUCAGCUAGAGGUGCAGCCCGUCUUGGUAUUGCAGCCGGACCAGGUCUUUUGGUUUAUUGUGCCAUAGUAUUUGCAGAAGGUGUAUUCGAGGGCGAAACACUUGUAGCUCAUCCAAAUAGGCCGCAAGGUGAAUUGGAAAUUGAAUUACGUCCUCCAAAAAAUGGGCCUAUCGAUAUUCACGUAAAAAUUAGUGUUGGUCCACCUGGUGCAGAUUUAUUACAGGUUUUCGAAAUGACAAGACAAUUGCCCAGAUUUUGUAUGUAUGAAAUUAUUUCACAUCCAGAGGAAGCUUCCCAAACGGUAAUAGAUGGCGGUAUUACUAUAGAGGUUGCUGAGAGGGCACAGCGUAUUGCAUUAUGGUUGAAUCAAAGUCUUCUGCUUGCGGAGGAGUUUGAAAUCGCGGAAGAAGGGCCAAACGCUGCCUCGAUCGAACUUUGGCUUCGUGGAUUAAGAGAUAACAAAAUCCAUUGCUUUACAGCAAGUCCUUCUGGAAAAAUAACAGUACAGACGGAAGACUCGACGUUUGCUGGUGAUAUAGUUCAAUCUUUGGCAAUGUAUUUGGGUCUUAGAGAGCUUAAUUCUGAAUCAAUAUUUCCAAACGAAGAAAGUAAAAUGUUAGAAGCUUUAGAACGCGUCAAAGGCUUAAAAGAUGUCGAUGCGAAACUUCAAGCGGAAGCUGCUAGUACUGCUCUUCUUCUUAAAAAUGUUGUUAUUCGCUUAGAAGAUGCACGAAUAUUGCAAAAUGUAGAAGAAAUGAGGAAGCGAUUAUUACAAUUGAAAGCUAUAAACAGUGACCUAAUUAGAAAUCACGAAAUCAGAAUGAACAGUAAUCGAGAUCUUUCAAUAAAUUUGAAAGAAUUGAAUAUCGGUGUCCAACGAGUCGCAAAAUUAAGAGUCGGUAAAGCUGCUACAAAUGCAGUCUCACGGUGCAGGACUGCGAUACAGGAUGAAAAUCCAAGGGCGCUCCUUGCAGCAAUGCGAAACGGUUGAUCCUGACGCCUUACGUAAGGACGAAUAUACGGUAUUUUUAUUUUUCUGCGUCACUAUUGCUACACCUGAUAAUGAAAUACAUUCUUACGUGUACGUUGUAAAUCGGUAAGUAAGAUGCAAUCACGUUUCUGACUAUUCUUAAGUAUUCGAAAUGAAUGAAUUCAAUUUGAAAGAAUUUUUUCUCUGUGCAUUUCUUUUACUCAUUCAAUAAAAAAUCAGAUAAUACAAGGAAUGCUUUAUGAAGUGUAUAAUUACGUCUAUUGUGAUUAUUACGAUGGCAGCCUUUUAAUGAUUAGGAUUAUGAUUGUUUAACAUUAAACUCGUUCGUUCGAUUGUCUUCGGAUAUGAACAUAAAAACAGCCAUGACCUGUCAAAUAGAAGUCUCGAGAGCAUACAGUCAUCAUUACAUAACGCGCGAGAUAUCUAUUUUGCUGCUAAAAGAAACGACUUUUUUUUCUAGUUUAAUGAAUAUCGUAGCACGUGGCACAUUUUUCGAGUUAAGCUUAGAUUCUUGCAUGCGAUAAUAUAUCAUAUUUUUCAUAAUAUGUUGUUGCAUCAAAACUUUUCAAGUUUCGUAACACAAUUUGUUGUUAAUAAAGCAUGAUUCCUCUUAAGAAAUUCCUUGCAACUUAAUAUUUAUGGACGAUAUUAAUGGUUUCAAUAGGAUGUGCGCGAGAUGAAGAUAGAUUCGAAGAAAAAAGAAAAAAGAAAAAGAAAAAAAAAAAAAAAAAAGAAAAGAAGAAAAAAGAAAAAAAGGAGAAAAGAUAAAAAAAAAAAAAAAAAAAAAAAAAUGAAAAGUCUUGUAUGCUUAAGUGUUCAUAAUGAGCCGUUUGUUUCAAUAUGCUUAGAUAAUCGUACGAAAAUGUAUGUACGCGGUAUCACGCCUUGAGAAUGACAGAUAUAGAUUUUGUUUACGGCUCACGAUCACGCGUAAAUGCCAUGAUCAGCUUCUAAACAGUAAACAAUCGUUUAUAAAGAUAAAGUUCAUUGCGAUUAGACCAAGACAUUUGACUAGAGGGUGAACUAUUAUAACUAUUUUCAGAGUUUUAUAUACUUCCGUGAUAUAUUGCAUUGUGUUUUGUCUCUACUUUGCUUCUCAAGAGAACAAAAACGAAGAAAAACACUAAGGAACGAUAGCAUUUGUAUGUAAGAUUGCUUUUUAUCUGUUUUUUUUAUUUUUUUUAUUUAAAUUUUAACAAAUAUUACUUUGAUAUUUUAUCAACUUCGUUGUCGGUAUUAAAUUCAUAAUAUUUUUAAAUAUAUAUUUAGCACGCAAAAUCGUUACCCAAGGGUGACAAGUAAUGCAUAUAAGUGGCAUUUGGCCAUUUCUAUUUUCUAUUUAUCCAUUUAUACUAGGAUAAAAAAAGUUUACGAUUAUGCACUUCCGUUGGAAUUCAAUAGAACGGAUUUUAGAUUGUUAUCGUUCGUCGUUUGUUUUUUAUCGAUAAAAAAAAUUUCGUCUUUUGUCGUUUGAUAUCGAAAUCGUACUUUAUUCCUUCGUACUUCUUCUCGAUGGAAAAACUUAUUCACCAAUCAAUACCACCCGAUAUAAGUGUAGAAAAUGUUAGGUCGGUCGAUCAUUUCAACGUCAACGGUAAAGUAUUUUUCUAGUGGAAGAAAAUGAAGGAAUCCCUUGACAAAUUCUUUCUAUUUUGGCGCCAUUUCUCGGAAUCUAAUCCCAUUGAUAGGUUAAAUAUAGACGCCUGGAUUUAAGAACGAAUAAGAUGGGAGAAAAGCGUGCCGCUCUGCGUGACCCCCCGUCUGUUCUCUCGGGUUAUCGUUGUUUAAUGGCACUCUCUUAUCACUUAUCACAACGGCAGCACGGAGUUAUUACUCAAAAUUCUUUACGUUCGACACUACCCGGCUAAGCAAAAAAGUAAAGAAAUAUAAUGAUGAAUCUAUCAGAUGAUCUUAACGCCUUUUACGGAUAAGAUAAUGCCAUGUAUUCUCGUCUAUCAAUCUUUUAAGCCAGAAGAGAGAGAGAGAGAGAGAGAGAGAGAGAGAGAGAGAGAGAGAGAGAGAGAGAGAGAGAGAGAGAGAGAGGAGCCAUAAGAGGAAAGACCGUUAAUUUUGUUUUCGUAAUGAGAUCGCCGACACAUUGUACGUCGCUGAUAUCUCGAUACGGAACUCCGUGAGAUAUCCAAGAAGAUAAAUAAUAUUAAUUUAACGAAAAACGAUCGCUGAAUAGAAUCUGAAUCUGUAUUUCUCCGAAAUAUUCAAGAAUAUUGUUAUAGUUUGGUGAUCGCUUCCCAAUUUUUAUUUUUAUUUUUCUGUUUCAUGGGAGGUCGAAGAAGGAUCAAAUGGCUGAAGAAUUGGAAGGACAGAGUUAUUUUUGACGAACUCGAAUAAAAUAAGAAUACACGUAAAUCUUGUUGAAAGAGCUCAAAGUUUUAAAGUGGUUGUGUCUUCGAAGACGUCGUUGUGUAACUUCAAACAAUCUGCGUACGCAGAACCGUCGAGAAUACUUCAUUAUAGGUGGAUUGGUAAUGAAAAAGAAGGUCAAUGGCUAAACUUGGCAGGAAGCUCGCAUGGUCGUCGCAGGAAGCGACUUCGACAUCGACGUCGACGUUGACGAUGGGACGGCUGCAGGCCACACGUCAGACACGCGUUUCGUUUUAUCGCUUACGAUGACAAACGUGAACAUGCCAAAGUAUCUUCUAAUUUUUAUUUCAUUUGCGAAAUGAAAGAUGAACGACAAGGAUAAUAAUAGGAAUGAUCUGGUAGAAGGUUGAUGUACUACUUGCCUUUGAAUUGACCGCGAGGCUUUUCUUUUAGUUGAUUAAUCAAUUAAAAGAAUCCAAAUUAGUCGAACGUAUUUCCGUCAAAAAUAUCUUAGAAUCUCGUAUCUCGAAGAAAUUUAUCUGCUAUCAAUGGUCAACAAUUGUGUUCUAUCAUUGAUGCGAUAGGAGUAUGACGUAGUGUUUUUCCCGCGCGAUGUCGUCGAUAAGAGAGUCGUCGACUCGUGCGCUUUCUCGAUUAUGUCGACGCCAGGUCGAUAUGGUGAUUUGAACUUGGACCUCACCGUGACAAGGAACGAAACUAUUUCUUCUUGCUUUUGCUGAUUGCCAUGUAUUUUUUUCAUCGAUCUUCGACUUCUCCUGAUUUAUCAUUUUUUCUAAAUUUAACUCGUACUCUUUUUUUUUUUUAUUUAUAUUCUACAUUCAACAUUUUCUUUUUAUAUUUUGAAAUUUCAAUCGGAGUCGAUUUUCUUUGGGAUCAAAGUACAAUUUCUGUAAUUACAUAUGAGUUACAACGAAUUACUAUAGUACCAUUAGAAAGGUCUUUGCAACAGAUCGGUAGAAUUAGAUCGACCUAUUUCUGCCGGUACGUCUGCACUCUAUUAUUCAAUAUCAUAGGUAAGCCACCUCAAACGGAAGGACUGCUUAACUUGGUUGUACUAGUAGCAUUUAUGCGAUGAUAAAAAUAAGAUAGUUAAACGAUCCUAACAUUAUCUUUUUUUUCUUUUUCUUUUUCCUUCUAUCGUGUACGAUAUCAGGAAAACAUUUGAUUGUACCUCGUCGAUAGACUAUUUCAAUUGAAAACAAAUUUCUAUGCGAUCUCUCGCCGCCGGAAAUAAUUAAGCAUCGAUAAUGUUUCGACAUGAAAAUGAUGUUUCUCCAAUAACGAAGAUAUAGAUUUAGAACUUCAGUUCUAAGCGCUGCACUCCGCCAUUCGUAUGCAUUAGAUAAAUGCUCAGAUAGUGAAAUGAAUUAUCUUGUUAAUAUAUCAAUAGUAACUGCAGUAACAAUUGGCGCAAUUGCAAAGACAAAAUUAUCUUGUUACUAUCGGUAGGACCUAAACUAUGAUAAAAGUCAUUGCACGUGUAGUCAACUGUUGCCGGUUAACAACUGCUUAGUCCAAUUUGUAUAUUCUAUGCGCUUAGAAAUCAACUAUAAAGAAUUCGUUCGGUUUUCCUUCAGAAAAUCAGAAUAUAUAGAUAUGUAAUUUUAAGAUUAUUGUUCUAUCAUAUUUAGAUAAAAAUAAUACAUUCGAAAAUGAAGUAGAAAAAAAAAAAAAAAAGAAGAAAAAAAAAAAAAGAAAAAAAAAAAAGAAAAAAAAACACAAUCAAAAGAAGGAUAAACGGAUAAGACAAUCUGACGAUGUUGUGAAGGCCAGUGAUUCGUUGAAUUCAUCCUCGCUUGUAAGAUUAAAAUUUUGCGAGCGUAGACGGUAACUAAUAGUCGGCGACGGAUCACGAGGACAAAUUGUGACUGGUGCAAUGAUAAAAGAGACUGGGAGCUUACUCGAUUACACCGACGUCAGGUCGGUUGCGAGUUGAACUUGGACCUCUCGUAGCAACAGGAACGCUCGAGAAUCGUUCGACGAAUCCCUUCGAAGAGUUGGAACGAUUUUAAAAUCGAGAUAUACGAGAUGGUCGAACGAGAAUCAGAUCGCGUCGAUUCGACGUUAUCUUCUUCUCGAAUACGCGCCGAUAACUUUGAGAAAGAGAAUAUUAUCAAUCUUUCGUGUUCAGGUUAACGAUAAUGAUCCUCGCAGUAAGUAAUUUCAUAAUCGUAAUUGUAAUCGAUAAGUUCAAUUAAUUGCAACUUUCACAGCUUAUUUUAUAUUUACUAACAGCGAUAAUUAGCAGCGAUAUUCUAUUCUACUGGAAUUUAAGAAAUUAAAGGUAAAAAGAAGCAAGACAAUCGGCCCUCUCGAAUGGCCCUCUCGAUCGGUCGUCUCACCGACAUACGAAUUUCGACGUCGCGCUUAAUAGAGAGACAACGACUCGACGGGGAAUUAUGCGGCGUUGGGCGCAUAAUCAUGAGCGUAGUCUGAUCGAGACAGUUGCUCUGAUAUGACCCCCUGCGAGAGUGGUCUCAAUUUUAAACUGCGACCGAUAGACGGCAGAGAACGGAAAGAGAGAAAAAAGAGAAAGAGAGAGAGAGAGAGAGAGAGAGAGAGAGAGAGAGAGAGAGAGAGAGAGAGAGAGACGAAAAGAGAGCCUAUAAUGGACCGUCGCAAGCGUGAUUGGCGUAACAAGUCGGGCCUAGAAUCGACUUCGACUUGUAUACAUAUAACGCCUACAUUCACAUAUAUCGUAGCCUGGAUCUCGAGCGUGCACUCGAAGAAGAAGAAGAAUAAGAAUAAGACGAUACGCGAAGAAUAUAGUAUAUCGCUCGUAAAUAUACGAUAAGUAUGCCGCGAGCUUAUGCCCCCUGCGAGAGUGUAGUGCCUAUUUCAAAGUGCAAAUGACAAUCAUUCACGUGAUGUUUGCAGAAAUCGGUUUUACAUGCAUACGUAUCGGAUGAUAUAUUCGCUAACUCGUAACUUAUACUUUACUCUAUCGGUCUCUACCACCAGCUGCACGACCGAGUUUCUCUCUUCUAGUCGUUCUAUUCGUUAAUGCCUCUCUAAAAAAAAAAUAUCCCGAUCAAUGAGGAAAACAGCAGAUAGGGAGAAUGAUUGACGGAUACCGAAUAAAAAUACAAAGAGCUUAUUUUCGUUGAUCUCGGGAAAAUGCGAAAUCUAAGCUUAUCGUCGAAACAUAAAUUUGACUAUUUGCCGUUCGAUUUCUCUUUUGCCUCGAUGACCGAUAAUCCUUGCUAAGAAUAAAAUCGUUUCUUCUUCGGGUGCAAAGUACGAUCCGUAUUUCUCGGGUUGCGUUGGCAAUUAUGCGGUCACUGCCACGGGAUAAUUUAAAAGGAAAGGAAAAUAUCUUCCGUGUCAAUAAAUCCAGGUGCCAGAGGUCCUUAUAAAAUGGCCCCGAUAAAGGAAAGAAUAUUUUUCUAACUAAUUAACUAACUCGUUAGGAUAGCGUUUGCUUUUACGAAAAGAAAGAGAAAGAAAGAAAGAAAGAAAGAAAGAAAAGAGAAAAGUAAAGGACCUCUCCUCCCACAUACAAGUCAAUCUAAUUCUUUCCUCUUAAAAGAGAAAAAGAAGAAUGUCUUUCUCGUUAAUAUAGUAGAAGAAGUCAAGUACGGUGGGGUCAAAGAGAAAAAGAAGAUGUAUAUUCGACAAUCAUGGACGAUUAGUCAGCCACGAGAGUGCAUCGCGUGAAACACGUGGGACAUUGUACGUCCUUGGUGUCGUUCCCCUUUCUUCUUUUUCUUCUUCAUCUUUCGAUGUCUCUCUCUCUCUCUCUCUCUCUCUCUCUCUCUCUCUCUCUCUCAAUCGAACGGACAAACGAAAGAAGAAACAAACGCAGUGUGAGUGGACAGCUUUUCGCAACUACGAUAUAUAGUGCUCGUACACGUGACAUAAUAAAAGUAAACCUAACCGAGUACAGUUUCACUGCACGGUAGUCGCAAUUACAUCUAUUAAUAGAUCACGAGAAGACGUGUACACGAAGCUUUCAUCUCAAUAGCACGUUACUUUACGGUGACAACAAUAAAACUCGGUGUUCGAGUUGGCCUACGCUCUAGCAUGACUCUAUACCGGUCGUCGUAAAAGAACCUCGCGGUAGAGAUCGUGGAUUUCUAGUUAGGCGAGUUAGGCGAGAAACGCGAACAAAAAGAAAGAGUCAGCUCUCGUAGUUUCCCCGCUCGAUCGAACGUAUAAUUCCAUAACGAUCGAGGGAGUGCCUUUUGUUCGAGGAUCGAGAGAUAACUAGAAUUUUAUAUUCGAAUGAAGCAGUUAACGCGCUUCUCUAGGCGAGAUUAAUAAUUAUUAUCUUUCCUCCUUUCGAUCGAUGCUUGAAACGCAUAAUCCUAGCGCACAAUCGUCCUAUUUAACAGGUAUGCUUCGCGGAAAUCGUUUAAGCGGACCAGAUACGAAACGCAAGGCUUUAUUUGAAUUGUAAAUGUUCAUAACUGGAUAAUUGGUGUGAUCGUUACAUCUCGUUGAUCCUACGGAUUUAUUCACAUUAUAGUUCGUUUUCAUUGGAUCGUUGGCAGCAGAGAAUUCUCGUAUUUAUCAAGGGAAAGCGUGUACGAUGACGAGAUCGAAGGAUAAAUUUAAAUUAGAAAAAGGACGAGAAUUUUAGAAUGUUAAUCUUAAUGAAACUUAAUUAUGUGAUGAGCGAAAAAUCCACGAACUCGAGCUUGUUUACGGUUUGCAACCGUUGAUGGUCUCUAUGAAUAGACGAGGGACUCAAACGCAAUUCUUUUUUCAAUUCAAGAUAUCGGAAUUGGUACAAUCGCCGGAAAGAAACGAGGGUAGGAGGUCGAACGAGCGUUUCUCUUUCUAUCUCUCUUUCCCUCCGCUAUCUGGUGAAAAGUACGGAAAAUUUAUCGUACCGAGACAAAACAGGCAUUAUGAUUAAUUAAUGGAUCCCGAUAACACAAAGCAUCCUUUGUCUCCGGUGAUCGAUAGAAAUCGAAGAUCACUCGGGAUGAUUCUAUCAGUGUGUUUCUUGUAAACUCGUGCGUUCGGCGCUUCACGUUUUCUUUCACGCAUCGCCGAUCGAUCCUUCAAUUAUAUUACAAUGAGAAAGAUCUUCUUAUCUCGCGUGCUGCGCUCUCAAGUACGAUAAUUUAUUAUGUACGUAAUGGAAUAUCGAUUACUUUGUACUUUGUUUCGAGUAAUUAUUACGAUAUAUGUACGUACAACUCGCACGCUCGGUUUAAAUUAAAUUGAAAAAAAAGAAAGAAAAAAGAAAACAAAACAAAAGAACAAUAAAACAAUUUUAAGCGAUUCCGCGUCUGCGCUUCUCAAGGAAGACAAACACUACUACGUUUUAUUUAUAAACGCUUUGGAAAUUAAGACAAUCGGUCAACGACUACGAAUUAUCUUAAUUCUUUUUUUUUCCUUUUUUGUUUUUUUUUUUUUUCUCUCCUGUAUUUACAACAUUUCCAUGUUGUAUUCCCAUUAAUGAGCGAGAACGGUAGAUUUACAAAUCCUUCGAGACUGAAUUUAGUAAGUUGCAAUAAAUGUCUCAUCUCGAAGAAUGUGGUUAUAAAGCAUAUAGUCAUAAAGCUACGGAUCAAAAUAUAAAAUAGAAACGAUUAUUGAAAAGCAGAAAUAUAUGUUGUUGUCGGUAAUUUAUUUGAAAGAAAAAUAAUCGUUCGUACAUGAGCGAUUCGGUUCGUAAAACAUAAAAGAUUGUUACGACGUCGCGACGAUGCAAAAGCAUCCCCAGGGCUAUUUCUUUUCGACAUAGGCGGUCAAAGAAAACAAUAAGAAAAUGCAGACGAGUCCUCUCUGUCAGCGUUAACCCCUUCCCUACAUUUCUGCAAUCGGUUUGCACGCGUCUGUCCACCAACAGGCAUGCUCUCCUUGUUUUACCCCCUCUCUCGCGGCUCUCUCGGGGCCCGUAAAAUCUGGAACAAGAACCGCGUGGCGAGACGAACCGGUACCAGUGACACCGAGAGACUCGGUAGCAACGGAGCUCUUCUAAAGUGACGACUUUCUCGGUCUCACAUUGGUCCACGUCUUUAAUCUUUUACACGAAUAAGAAAAUAGACGAAGACAAAGAGGACGAGAAUUUAAGAAUACCGAAGUCAAAUUCGUCUUUCCUUCAAUCCUCUUACGAGUACGGGAAGAGUAUCUGGAAAAGCAAAAGGAAAAGCUCUAUAAGUAACAGUGAUAGCAUCCUUUUAUCUAUUUAUAAAAAAUUUCUUCGACCUAUCGUCGUUUUUCUUUAUUUUCGUUGAAUUUAUCGAAAUAAAAGUAAAAGAGA